UUCCAAUACUCCAGCGUGACGUCAGACCAGUCCAACCUUGCGAAAAAGGGGAGAAAGUGAACGCGGUUUAUUUCCAAGACAAUUGAGGGACAACACAGCGGUUUGGUGUUGGUGUACAGUACAGUAGAGUAUUUAAGGGCGUGAGUAUUGAUGGCAGGCAACACCAAUCAAGAUGCUGCCAUUCCAUCAUCUGUGGGGCGGCAGUUGUCACAAGACUCUGACUCUGUUGACAUGGAUGAUGGGGAAAUUUGGAAUCACAGGCGACUCCAACAGCAGGUGGGAUAUUUAAGCCUGAGUGCAGGCUUCAGUGGAGAAUUGUCACCACAGCCAUCAUCAAGUGCAGAAUGUGAGCGUCGUGUCAGUCCUCUGGACCCCAACUUAUCAUCAGCGGCACGGUAUUCUCCACCUCCACCGUACAACAGCCCUUUGGCAGGUAUAGAAGCAUCAUUGGAGCAUCCCGACUCUCCAAUGGAAGAUCUGUCCAGUGCGACCUCCCUUCCUAGUCUCCCAGCUGGUGUUAGCAGUAGUAUAUCAAGUGCCACAGAAAGCCUUGCAGUUUCCGAAGCACACAGAUUGCCACGUUCCUCGGUAGGACGAGCGUCGGGCAGCAGAGGCAAUAGUUUAGUAUCCGCUAACAGUCUGUUUGCAUCGCAACCAGUUUUGUCAUGCUCACAGCCAAGAUGGGCCUCGCCUGAUGUAAUAUCUGAUGAUGACGAGGAUGAGGAUGUUGUUACUGUAAGCCCAUCUUUGGGGGAAAGUGUGUGGGCCAAACAGAAAAGACUAGCUCUGAGUAAUAUUGUAGACAGUGGUGUGUCUCAACCAGGUCCUAGUGGACUUCAGAUAGUGUCCAGGGCCAGUCCUAGUGGCCUUCAGAGUAUAUCUCAACCUGGUCAAAGUGGACUUCAGGUUGCAUUACAACCUUGUUCUAGUGGGAUUCAGACUCUGCCACGGCCUGUUCCUAGUAACCUUGGAGCUAUGCCACAGCCUAGUCCAAGUAUUCUUCAAGCUGUGCCAUCCAGCCAUCAAGCUCUUCCACAACAUCAGAGAUCAACUUCUUCAGACAGUGAUGCUGAUGAUAGCAAUGAUGUUUCAGAGAAUUUGCCACAGCUUAGCUCAACUCCAGGGCCAUCUAGUAUUAGAAGUAGGUUAGUUCGACUCAGUGAUGGAGAAGCAGAGGCACUUAAUGGUGCUGUAUCUGGCUGUGAAGCUAGUAGCAGUAUCAGGGGACACGUAUCACCUUUAGAAUCACCCAGCACACCUACAGAUAAUUGUAUUGUAUCAUCCUCUACUGGGCAUAUUGACUCUAUACCUCCUACACCUGCUGAAUUUCAAGGAAAUGAUGUGUCUGGUCCCAGUAGUCCACUUUCUCCAAGUCUAGGUAGUGCUGCCAUACUUGACUCGACUGUGGAUUCCACUAGUGGCCGAGGAAUCAUGGAUCCAGAAGGCGAGACUUCCGAUGACGAUUCUGAUAAUGAUAAUCUUGCACCAACGGGACAGAUGCAGUUAUCAGUAAUGGGUGAGAGAGAUGAAAUAUCAACAUCAGAAGUUGGUUUGCAACAGAGUGAUGACAGUGAAGAUGUUGCUCUUCUUGUCAGCCCUCAGGGAAUGUUUUCGAGUGGAAGAGCUAGUGCUAACCGUUUUAUAGAGCAACUUUCCCUUUCUCUCUCUCACUUUUCUGGUGAUGCUUUAGAUGCCAAUUUAUCUGGAGUUGUGAAUGAGCAGCGAUCUCCUCCCAACACUCCCCCACCUGAUCCUGGGCCAUAUCUUAAUGAUGCUCUUGCUAUUCCAGGACCCAGCAGGGCAUCACUUCCUUGUUCACAGACUACCAGUAGACAAGUUAGUACUCCAGCUGACCAAACUAGAAAUCAGCCUUCUACUUCUAGUACACACAGUUUGACAGAUCCAGUGGAAGUUCUUGACAGUAGUUUACCACUACUUGACAUUACAUCAGGUUUGCCUGGUUGUAGCACAGUUCCUGUUGUAGAUCGUUUGAGCAAUUCGGGUGCAUCUGGGGAUUUACCCUCUUCAGUAAGAAUAAAAAAUGAAUCCAGACUAGGAAGUGGAUCGGGAGGAUUAGAACCUCUUGUGUGUCUCUCCAGCAGUACAUCUAAUGCCAUUGAUAAUGAUAGCUUGACUGGUAAUGCUGAGAGCCAAGACCUGAAUCAACUAGGUCAGUCUUAUGUGCUUGGACUGAAUGAUGAGAGCUCAGUUGGAAGUGAAAAUGUACUGAGCUCUAGUUCAAUCAUAAAACAUGAUUUGGCUGAUAGUGAACUUCAGCAAAGAAACUUUAGCAGUUUAUCAACUGGUAACCAGUCAUUACUUGUCCCUAAAAGGUUAAGAGAAGAAACUCUAAAUAGCUCUCUCAAUUUGAGUUUAGCAUCUUCAGAACCAAAUAGGGUGAUGGAAACAGAUGUGGCCUUACCAGGACCUUCUCAGCAACCUACUUUGGCACACCACUUGCUUCCCGUUCAACCGGAUCAGGUUUCUCUUUUGGAUGGUAGUGGAGAUGAAAGUAGUGAUGGCGCUCUGCUGAUGAUGGUAUCAUCUAACACUCGUUCUAUACACAAUACGCUUUCCCUCGAGAAGCAGCUAGAACACGGAGAAGCAAGAAGCCUUGUUCCCAGCCUUCAAGCAUCUGAAUCACAGUUUUCUAUUCAGAGUGUACAAUCUACAAGAGUGGAGGGCACCUCACCAAGUCUUUCAUCCGAGGAACCUAACAGUAGAAGUGAGAAUGAAGUCAACUCUUCAGCCACUGGUCAUGAAAUGGAAGCAGAAUUCAUUGGAGCAGAUUUUUGGUGUGGGGAAUGUGAACAAAUGUAUGCCCACGAGUGUCCUCAUCACCACAUGCAAGAGGAGUCUGCGGAAUCCACCAGGACCCGAGCAUGGGGGCACCUUCCUACGCAGCAGUUGGCGAUUCCUGAACGUACUAGCACAGAAGAUUGCGAGGAGUGUGAGGAAAUGUGUGGCCAUGACUGUUCGCACCACCACAUACAGGCUAUAUCCGAUAAACCUGUCAGGACCAGAGCCUGGGCAUCACUGCCUGCUCAACAUUUAUUAAUUCGCAAAGUUCCAGAUACAGAAGAUUUUGGUGUAUUUGCUCGCAAGUCCAUUCCCAAAAGAACACAGUUUGGGCCCUUAGAGGGGAUCAUGAAAGCUGAAGUCAGCGAGUCUCCUUCUGGUCUCGUCUACACCAUCAGUUCUAGAGAGGAAUUUGCAUAUCUCGAUACUUCAGAUGAAGACUCUUCGAACUGGAUGAGAUUUGUACGGAAAGCAACAACGUACUUGGAACAAAACUGUGUGGUUGUACAGACAGAUGGAUCUCUCUUCUUUCUCACCACCACUGACAUAGCACCUCGUGCAGAACUCCGAGUUGGAUACUCAAAGCAGUAUGCUGAUGAACGAAAUUUGCAGACACUGGAGCCAACUGAGGAGGAGAUAAAAAUCUUAGAUUCACUGAAGAAGUCAUGGCCUUGUUAUGAAUGUGAUGAAGGUUUUGAGUCGUCUGCUGAACUGCAACAUCAUUUGACUUGUCAUGAUGAGGAAGUUGGGGAAGAUGAUCGUAAAAAGCGGAAGAGAAUCAAGCCAAGGCGACCAAGAGGCAAUGGGGAAAAUGAGGCAGGGUUGAAGAGGACGACUAAGAGGAUUAAGGUGGGCGAGGAUGGAAACUCUGUUGCUGGAACAUCUGAGGGAGGAGGAGGAGGAGGAAGUGACAGUGGUCUAGUGGAGAACAGCGCUGAGCACAGCCAGUGCAUGAUCUGCAGUCUUGUCUUCACCAUGCCAGAGAUGCUUAGAAUACACCAAUAUUCCCAUGUUCGGGCUGAUAUAAAACAGAAGGAUGCCUCCACCAUUACAUUGAAGGACGUGGAUAAGACUUGUCCUCAAUGUAUAAAGGUUUUUGAGACUGAGAAGGAACUGUCAUCUCAUGUUGAAGAUCAUGGCUUCUUCCCCCCAGUCCAAACUAAGCCUUAUAAGUGUGACUUCUGUUAUAAAUCAUUUUCACGACGAGAACGCCUAGACGUACAUACAGCCAUUCAUGGAAAUGAAGCUCAGAAAGCUUUCCGAUGUAAUCUUUGCCUCAGACGGUUCUGCAGCAACUUAGCCUUGAACAAUCACAUCAAAUAUCACACUGACGGCAGUAAAGGCUAUGACUGCCCCAUUUGCAGGGAAGGGUUCCUCUCUGUGGCCAGUCUGAAGGCUCAUGUAUCUACGCAUUGUGUAAACGGAGAGUAUGAAUGUCCUACAUGCAACAAGGUAUUUCCUACGUAUAGUAAAAUUCGCCGCCACAUACGAUCUUACCAUGCCGUCAUGCCACAUACCUGUUCUGUUUGCAGUAAAGAGAUGCCUUCGAGUGACAAGCUAAAGAUUCACAUGCUGAGCCAUUCAGAUCGGCGUGACUUCCUUUGUCCAGAUUGCGGAAAAAGGUUCAAACGGAAAGACAAGCUUCGUGAACAUGCAAAGCGCAUGCAUUUAACUGACCGUGAUGGCCGAACUAUAAAACCAGGUGGUAAAGCACCGCCCAAGUUUAUCCCUAAGGUUGAUCCAGCAGACUAUAAACAAUUUGUGUAUAGGUGCAACACGUGCCUGCUUGGUUUUAAAAGGCGAGGGAUGCUUGUGAACCACUUAGCUAAACGGCAUCCAAGUGUGGACCUAACAACUAUACCUGAACUAAACCAACCUAUACUCAAAGCUACGAGAUGUUAUUACUGCCAGUAUUGUGAAAAAAUGUAUCGUAGCAGCAGCAAGCGGAAAUUGCACAUCCUUAGGUAUCACCCUGGAGCAGAACUCCCACCACCAUCCACUACCCACAAUAAGGGUGAAAGUGGAGUGGGUCCUCCUUUUUCCCAAACAGUUGGUGCCACUAGUACAUAUCCUCAUCCUUGUAGAUGGUGCUUCCGUCAGUAUGCCUCAAGGGCACGACUUCUGCGCCAUCAGCGUCACCAACAUCCAGAGCUUUGUGCCAAUAGUCCAUCCCACAAGGAUUAUGCAUCUGAUCUUCCUGAGUCAGUGGUGACCGAUGUUGAUCCACUGCUAGAGACUUCUCCUGACUUGUCUGGAGAACCUGGUACUUCUGGAGUCGAGGGCACAGAAGAUGAUUUGCUGACUCAGGCAAUGGGAGAGAUUACACCACUGGCAAGUGGAAAACAGUAUGUACGUUUAGUGGCCACUGGGACCGAGGGUCAGCAGGUUGUAGUGGGAACAACACAGGCAGCUCGUCCUUUAUUGGUAAGCAGUGAUGGGGGUCAACAGGUAGGAACUUUAGCAUUAGUAACUGCUGUCAGCCCUGAUACAGUUACCCUUUCUCUUCCAACAGGACAGUUUAUAUCAUUGAUUCCAGGACUGUCUGUAACAGGUACAGCUUCAACAGUAACUUCAACUUCCAGAUCAAUUGCAAAUGGUGGAUCAGUUAACAUCCACACUGUUGAUGCUCAGGAAGGAGUAGGAUCAAGUGGAGGGCUUCAAGCAGAAGGGGUGCCAUGAGAAAGACCUCUGCACUAGGUUGUUGCUUAAAUAACAAUGAAACAGAAGCUGUUGUGAAGGUAGUGCUGGCAGCCUACCAGACACUAUCACCCUCAAAAUCUGACCAUCAGUGCACUUACAAGAUAAAACCUGUCUUUACUAUAGUGUAUCAUUCCAUUAAUACUAUAUCAACACCAGUCCUUGCCUUCACACAUCUUACAUAAGGCUAAAACAAGAAUACUCAAACUGCAUGUAUAGUAUAAUGACAAAUUAGCUUAAUACGGUGUCCAUAAUGUGAACCCAUUGUUGUCUUUAAAUAAAACAAAAUCUAUUAAAUAUUUAUUACUCAGAAUUACUGGAACCUACUUAAUUUAAAAGCAUCAUUUUUUCCCUUUCAGUCUAGUCAAGUUUAAUUUGAAUUACCUUUAAACUUCAUAUUAUUGAUAAUUUACUAUCAUUGUUUUACAAUUUUGCUAUUAGGCAGAAAUACUCUAGCACUGAAUAUAAUGAAAUGCCGUAUUCUGGUGGGCCUUUGGUAGUCAUACCUUUGGGAGAUGCACAAUCCUCUGAAACCCAUUUUUUGCCUACCAAGAGCCAGGACUAAAAUCUGGUUCUCUGAGGUGUGGGAAGCUUUGGAAUCAGAGAUCAACCCAAGAGAGAAAAACAAAGCAUGAGAGCAAUACUGAACUGCUUGAGAAAGUUACCGUAGUUGUUGCCUUUUUACCCACAGGUAACAAGGCAAACCAUCAUCUCUGUGGUUUAACUGCCCAAACUAUGACGUGCCCAACAAGCACCAGAUGGUGUGAUGGCAGGAAGGAAAUACCAGGCACAAGAGCCUCGGACUAGUACCCUAGUGGCUAACUCCCUGCAAAUCCAGGGGCCUCUUUUACAAAACCAUGAAAUGGCCCGAUUGCUGCAGUGAAAAUUAGAAAACAGAGGCAAAAUGGAGCUCUAACCAGCUGGAAGUAGAAGGCGCAGAGAGCACUCGAGGCUACCACAUCUGCAUUAAGGAGGCAAAGGCAUGCAGUCUUCGGCGGUCCACUGGUAACACACUCGCACUGCGCUUCAGUUCGUAUCCUGGCUGGGGAGGAUUGACUAGACACCAUCCUUAACUAUACACCUCUGUUCACCCAAGAGGGAAUGGGUAUCUGGUUGUUAAAUGAUUGAUGGGUCAUAUUCUAGGGAACUAAUGGGUAAGGCUUGCCAUGAGCUAUAGGAUGGGAAAGCUCUUGGCUGCUAACAGGAGUCAGCAGCCAUCUGUUCCUGUGCCCACUUGUGUAAUGUGCAACAAAUUGUAGAUGCCUAUCACUAUGUAUUGGGCUAUGAAGACAGUGGGGUCAAAGCCACCACUGCAUAGGAUGCCAAAUGGGAUACACAUACCUUAGCCCUUCAGAAGCCCAUCAGGGCAGAAAAAGGGCAGCCCAUCAACUACAGUUGGAUAGACUUUGAGGUGUAACCACAGUUAACGAUGGAAACAAGGCAGGCAUGAUAUGCACAAAGGAAGCAUAUUUGUUGAAUAAAUCCUUAGUCCCCAACCAUAAACACUCAGCAGGCAGAGGGGGGCAAAUGCUGCCAUGGACAGGACUAUCACUAAUGGAACCCAAGUGCACCCUUGGCAAACGCACAAGGCCCCAUAUGUACAAGAAUAAGGUAAGACAAUCGUAUCGCGUAUUAAAUGCACGGCUAACUACUACACUUCGUCAUCAGGCUAUGCAAUAGAAAACGAUUCCUAUGUACUACCUGUAGUGAGGCAACUCUAGAGGAGUGUUGUUGUUGGAGAAGAAACCCAAACCCCUCUCAGAGCAGGCAUCUUUGGUGGAGCAGGGAAAUGUAAACUACCAAAAAGGGGAACCCCAGUUCAUGAUUGGAGCACACUUUGAAGUUUGGGCAUAAGUAGUAUGACUGACAUCAAAUUUAAUUGUGAUGAGAACUACUGUACUGUACUAAUAUUCCAUGAGUAACAAACACCACUUAGCUUGAGCAUAUAGCAGAGGAUGGGCCCUGUCAGUUGUCACGAGACGGUGACCCGGUGAAUGAGCGAGAGGGAGUAGGUUGGCUGGAACUGCAGGUGACCUGGGCUGCCCCUGGUGGCAGCUACUUAAUUUUAUUCUAGUAAAAAAAAAAAAAAAAAAAAUUCUACACAGGCUUUGUUUUUUUUUUGUGUUGAUUACUCUGAUUCCCAAGCGCGCUCUGCUUCAGUGUCAGAUUUUUGUUCUGGCUUCCACUAGGAAAGAGUUGACCUCAUAGGCCUGGUGAAUCUGUCAAGCUUGGCUAAACCCGCACUCAAGUUAAGGAGCUACUAAGGUAAUCCCUCUCGGAAAGCAAAGUAAAUUGUAUUUUGUUAUGCUACUUUGGAUUAAAAAGAACAUGAACACUCCUAGGUACACAUGUAAGCACCAACAAAUUUUUUUUCUAAAGGUUGGUGGAAAAAUCUGGGAUUGAAUAGAAACUUUAUCCAAUGUGAUUUCUAGAAGGAAAGUACCUGUAUAUUGCAGUACUGCACAUUAACACCAUAAUUUAUUAAUGAAAUGUUGAACAAACUAACAUCUGUAUAUAUAUUUUUUUUCAUGAACUAGUCAAAGGUACUGUAUGUAAUUGAUUGUUGCAUGUAUAUUUCUGUUGGUUGAAUGGUACAAGAGUUAAAUGUAAAGUUUAUAAUAAAUCUGUACAGGAGGGUAAAAUGGUAUAAUUUUUUAAAUAAAAACUAAAGUUA